CGUAAAAGCAACAGGUCCUCUUACAAAUUUGUUCUAAAAUUGCGUGAUUGGUAUCCUAAACUACAAUUUUUCCAUUAGUUUUUAAAUAACCCAUGAGCGACCACGGUAAUACGCAAGCUGUUCAAAAUCUUAUUGGCCAGGAAAUGAAAUCUCCCAUGAUUCAAACAGCACCGAGUUCUGAAACCUUAACGUUACCUUUAACGCAAGAAGAAAAAAAUGUUAUCUUGAAUGGUAACAAUACAAUGCAUGUUUUCAAUUUGUCUCAUGAAGAGAUGCCUGAAAUGAUUCAAGAAACUGGUGACACACAUCUAGGUGAUGGUAUGGAAGAGCAACAUUUAGAUGAGGAAAGAGUAUUAGAUGGUCAGGAUUGUUCCUUUCGCUCCUCUGAUGAUGUAGACUCUCGUAGUAUUUUCGUUGGGAACAUUGACUAUGCUGCAACACCAUUAGAAUUACGGGAGCAUUUUAAACUUUGUGGGUAUAUUAAUCGUAUUACUCUCAUGGUCGAUCGCUAUACCGGGCAUCCUAAAGGAUAUGCUUAUAUUGAAUUUCAAAAUGAGUCAGCCAUCUCAACUGCAGUUAUGCUGUCAGACUCAAUUUUUCGUGAUCGUCCUUUAAAAGUAUCUGCCAAACGUAAAAAUAUUCCAGGUUAUAAAAAUUUUAUGAUGAGUGGACGUGGUGCUCCUUUUGGUAUGUCAAUGCCUCGUGGGAAAUUCGGAAGAGGCAUGGUACCUCCACAGAGUUUUCGUGGCCGGCGUGGGUACGUGUUAAAUAAAUCGUCACCUUUAAAUUCAACUCUCUUCUACUCUAGAAUGCAUGGAAUUCCUGGGUAUUUUCCAAGGUAUCGUGGGCGCGGGCAGCGGUCAUACGGACCAUAUUAA